UGAAUAAAAAAAAUAAGCAACAAGUACCCAACUACCCAGCCCAACCUCGAAUGACACAUCAUUCUCAUUGUUCAACAGUAAACAUUGUACAUUAAUAAUUGUCUAAAAAAUAUAUAAUUGUUAAUAAUAUAAAUUAUCAAUGACUUGUUUUAAUAAUUAUAAAUAAUUUCUUAAUGUUAAUCAAGUCAAGAUACCUGAAUAAUUAUUGGCACUUAUUGAAUUUUAUCAUUUUCAAUAUCUAUUUGAUUAUUGGAUUUAUUAUUCAAUCAGUUUUGUUGGAUAAUAAUAUGGAAUCAGAUAGUAGCCAGAUAGCAUUGUUCACAAUGGAGGCAGAAUCAUGUCGAGUAUUUUCAUCAAAUCUUUUUAAAGGAACAACUGAAGUUUAUGAAAAUUCAAAAAAUAUUAUUCUCUCACCACUGAGUGUUCAUGUGACAUUGUCAUAUUUGUGUCAUGGUGCCAGAGAAAAUACAGCUAAUGAAAUGAUGAUGGGUUUGAGUAUAAAUACAAAUGAUUGGUCACAAUAUGAAAUGCAUAUUGGAUAUAGAAAUCUUCUUGCAUCAAUAAAUGAAACAAGUAAAGCUGAUUUAAUAAUUGCAAAUUCAGUAUUUUGUCAUGAAUCUGUUAAAUUAAAAAGUCUAUUUUCAUCAUUGGGUACUGAUUAUUAUAAUUUUGAAAUUAAAAAUAUUAAUUUUGAUAAUAAUAUUGAAUCUGUUGGUUACAUCAAUGAUUGGAUUAUUAAAAAAACAAAUAACAAAAUAAAUGAUGUGAUAAAAUCAGAUGAUAUAAGUGAAGAUACCAAAUUAAUUUUAGUCAAUGCAAUAUACUUCAAGGGUACAUGGCAACAUCCAUUUGAUCCUGAUAAAACAUCUGAUAGAGAUUUUUAUAUUACAAAAUUAUCAUCAAUUAAAGUACCAAUGAUGACUAAUAAACAAAGAUAUGCUUAUGGAAAAUUACCACAAUAUAAAUCGAAAUUUAUUGAGCUUCCAUAUACUAUUGAAGAUCUUAGUAUGAUGAUAAUAUUACCUGAUGAUAUUGAUGGCUUAUCAUUGAUUGAAAAAAAUUUCGAUUGGAAUUUAGUUGUUGAUGCUGAAAUUGGCAGGGGUGAUGUUAUUUUACAUUUGCCAAAAUUUAAAAUUCAAUGUACAACUAAUCUCAAAGAAAUUCUUCAAAAUAUUGGCUUUAAAAAUAUGUUUGAAAAUGCAGCUGAUUUUAGUGGUAUAUCAGAGACACCAUUAAAAGUUAGCAAAGUUAUACAAAAAGCAUUUAUUGAAGUUAAUGAAGAAGGCUCUGAGGCAGCAGCAGCAACUGUUGUUAAAAUGCGAUUAAAAAGAUCACUGGAAGAACCAGAAGAAUUUAAUGUAAAUCGUCCAUUUAUGAUUGCAAUUCGUCAUAAACCAAGUAAUAUUCCUUUAUUUAUUGGUAGAGUAUGUGACAUUGGGAAAGAAGUUAUUGUUAAAGAUGAGCUUUAAUCAAACAAUAAAAUAAUCAAAUAAUAAAAAUAAA